AUGUGGCGCGACCGCAUUUCCGGCCAGUCGACUCCCUCCAGCGUGAUUCGCGCACCCUCACUACCCCGGAGAUCCUCCUCCCAGCUAUCUCGCGGCCCCUAUAACAAUCGACCCGGCGCAAUCCCCAAGACCUCAUCUACCUCUCUACUAAUAACCCCGAGUGACUCGACGACCUCCCUUUCGGGUGCUGGACGAGGACCGAAUGGCACCGGACUGAGGCAAACAAGCGGACAGCGGCCCCGUCCGGCCACCGUUCCAGACCCAUUAGAGGUAUUAAAUGGGAUCAUUGGCACAAACGACUCGGGAAAAGAUACCGUACAAUCGUUCACCCAACCAGAAACGAAGCCAUCGGAGCUCAUAGAGGUGAUAGAGUUCGAGGGCCUGAGCCUAGAGGAGUUCAUCGCCAAAGACGAUGAGGCACCCCCGACGCGAAAGACGAAACGCAGUGAGGUCAACGCACAAACAACCAAGCAGUUUGAACAAGAGCGAGACAAAUUUCAGGACCUGCACACGUCCAUUACCGGCUGCGACGAUGUAUCCAGGUCGGUUGAGCUAUACUUGAAUGAUUUCCAGACGGAACUGGGGGCAGUUUCCGCGGAGAUUGAAACCAUACAAACGCGCUCCACACAAUUGAAUGCGAUGCUGGAGAAUCGACGGAACGUGGAACGACUUUUGGGCCCAGCAGUGGAGGAGAUUAGCAUUUCCCCCAAGACCGUGCGCACGAUUGUCGAGGGCCCGAUGGAUGAGAACUGGGUGCGCGCAUUGAACGAGAUAGAUGCUCGCACGACUAGCAUUGAAGCUAAGGCGUCCUCGUCGAGUGGAUUCAAAGCGAUCGAAGAUGUCCGGCCUCUUUUGGUUGAUGUGAAGAACAAGAUCCGAGCAAUGCGAUCGCCAAAUAUCAACUCCCAGAUCAUUCAGCAACAACGGCUGGUGAAGUUUAAGGAUCUUUUCACUUAUCUCUUCAAGGCACACCCUGCCCUUGCCGGGGAGAUUGCACAGGCCUACAUCAACACCAUGCGCUGGUACUAUACCUCCAACUUCACCCGUUACUUGCAGGCUCUUGAGAAGAUAAAUGUCUAUCCCAGUGACCGAAAUGAGGUUCUGGGAGGCGAGCCUUCUACUCAUCGAACUGGCAACAUUCUCCCGGGCGGCCGAGCUGGCUCUGCUGCCCAUGAUCCUUUCUCUCUCGGUCGACGCACUGAUAUUCUCCGAAACACCAACCAGCCAGCUUUAUCCUCGUAUCUAGCAGAACAAGACAACGCUUAUCACGGGAUCGAAGUGCCGUUCCGGAAUUUCAGCGUUGCGUUGGUGGACAACGUGUCCGCCGAGUAUUCCUUCCUCACUGAAUUCUUCUCUCCUUUCACAUUUCAUGAAAUUUCACGCAAGGUUGUGGAAAUCUUCCAGACAGUCUUUGCCUUGGGGCAAAACCUCACUAAAAAGCUGAUCGACAACACCACUGACUCGUUGGGUGUUUUGAUCUGUGUUCGUCUCAACCAACACUCCGCUUUUGAGCUCCAGCGACGCAAAGUCCCCGUCGCCGACUCAUACGUCAAUGGUAUCAACAUGCAUCUUUGGCCACGCUUCCAGGUGAUCAUGGAUCUUCACGGGGAAUCUCUAAAGCGAGCUGGUUCCAACACCGGACGCAGCGCCGUUUCCGCUCUUUCUCUCGCCGGUGGAGAUGAUUUGAAGCAGUCCUCGGCCCCGCACUUCCUGACACAACGGUUCGGACAGCUGCUUCACGGUAUUCUCGUGCUGAGUAGUGAUGCUGGGGACGACGAGCCUGUGGCGAACAGUUUAGCCCGUCUGAGAAGUGAAUUUGAUACCCUCUUGGCGAAGCUCAGUCGAAAUGGGACAGAUGCAAAGCGGAGAGAACGAUUCCUGUUUAACAAUUAUUCGUUGAUAUUGACCAUCAUUAGUGAUACCAACGGCAAAUUAGCCGUCGAACAGAGAGAGCAUCUGGAUGAGAUGCUGAAGAACUGCAGCAAGCGUUAG